UAUGGAGGAGCUCCAGGAGGACCAGCAUUCCCUGGACAAGCUCAGGAUCCUUUAUAUGGUUAUUUUGCUGCAGUUGCAGGACAGGAUGGACAAAUAGAUGCUGAUGAGCUACAGAGAUGUCUCACCCAGUCAGGGAUUGCAGGAGCGUAUAAACCUUUCAACUUAGAGACUUGCAGACUCAUGAUCUCAAUGCUGGAUAGAGAUAUGUCUGGCACACUGGGAUUUAAUGAGUUUAAAGAACUCUGGGCUGUGGUCAAUGGCUGGAAGCAACACUUUGUAAAUUUUGACAACGAUAGAAGUGGUACAGUGGAUCGUCAGGAACUGGAGAAGGCCUUGAUGAAUAUGGGAUUUAGACUGAGCCCACAGGCAGUGACUGCAAUCACAAGGCGAUACAGCACUCAUGGAAAGAUUACAUUUGAUGAUUACAUUGCCUGCUGUGUGAAACUCAGAGCUCUCACUGAGUGUUUUAGAAGAAGGGAUACAUCUCAGCAGGGUUUUGUGAACUUCCAGUAUGAUGAUUUCAUACAGUGUGUUAUGAGCAUCUAAAUCGCAAGGAAGAAAGCUGUGGAUGAUCAUGAUUAACAUUCCAGUUUGGUUUUGUUUUGCCAUAUAUUCCAGUGAUUGUGUAUCUCAAUAUUGGAAAUUGCAUAUUUUAUGAAGGCAUUGCUUUACACACUUGUAUUUUUUAGUCUUGCCAAUGAAUAUCAAUUACUCACAUACUGUUUUUAAUUUUCAACCUGUGACUAUUAAAGAUGUUUUUAUUUUAAUAAACUUGCAACUCACUAUGUGUAACUCAAAUUAUGCA